AGGAUAGCAUUGACUCAUUGGUCUCCUUCCUUUUCGCAUUGGCUGAACGAACGAGUGACUCCAUUGGAAUGUAAUACUGCAGUGUGUGGUGAAGUUAUAUAGUCAUCGCGGGCCCCGCAAGACAUUUCGUUCAACCACCACCACCACCACCACAAGACUCAUCACGCGUCUCCCGCUCUCUCUUCCUCUCUCUCUACAUCCUCACGCACUCACACGGUCUCUCAAAACGAUCCUCCCUUUCCUCUCCACUCUCUGUACAUACGACAAUUCCACCACUAAUACCAACUUCGAUCUCAAUCCACUCGCGAUCCUCUCGUCUCUUCCAAUUUCUCUCUCGGCGCUCCUCCUCCCGAUUGUCCCCGCGCCACCACUCAUCCUCCUACGACUCGUCCCGUCUUGCAAAACGGAAGAAAAGGACCCGGUGAUUCCCUUUUUUUUUUGGGAUUGCUCGUCAGAACAACUUCUCCCAAUCACACAUACACCAUGGACUUCCAAGUCAUCCGAAGAGAGCAUCCGCAGCUCGACGCGACCCGCUUCAUCAAUGGCAUCAUCUCGCAGAGACCCGCCAAGAUCGUCAACCAGAAACCAUAUCUCCCUCCACAAGACAUGCCGAAAGCCAACAAUUGGAUUGUUCAGAAAUUCGGCGGGACCAGUGUAGGAAAAUUCCCUUUGAAAAUUGCAGAGGACAUUAUAUUAGCAGGCCUUAAACCGGGACACAGAAUAGCCGUCGUCUGUUCCGCCCGAAGCUCCACCAUCAAAAGCGAAGGCACCACCACCCGACUCGUCCGUGCGGCCCAUGACGUUCUCGACCCGCAUUCGAGUCAAUUCCGCGAAAUCGUCGAGACCAUCCAAAACGACCACCUCCAGGCCGGCAAAGAUGCCUGUAACAUCUGGGGAUCCGCCACGCACAGCGAGAUCUACGAGGCCUACAGCAAGGCCGUCAAUGCGGAAUGUCAGACCUUGCUCAAAAUCCUCGAGGCCGCGCAGUACCUCCGCGCCGUCACGGAUCGAACGGAGGACAUGGUCAUCUCGGUCGGCGAAAAGCUGAGUUGUUUAUACAUGGCCGCGUUACUGCAGACGCGUGGGGUGCCUGCAGCAUUUGUCGACCUCAGCGAUGUGAUCAGCCCGGCCAUGGGCGAAAACCUGAAUGAGACGUUCUAUCAACAACUCGGCGAAGCCAUCGCCAAAAAGAUCGCAGCGCUAGGUCCGGACACGGUCCCCGUCAUCACUGGAUAUUUCGGUUGCGUCCCAGGAGGUCUCCUGAAAGAGGUGGGACGAGGAUACACCGAUCUCUGCGCAGCGUUGACCGCCGUCGGUCUCAAAGCCCGCGAGCUUCAAAUCUGGAAAGAAGUCGACGGAAUCUUCACCGCCGACCCUCGGAAAGUGCCCACGGCGCGCCUCCUCGACAGCGUCACCCCCGCCGAAGCCGCCGAAUUGACCUUCUACGGCUCCGAAGUUAUCCACCCCUUCACCAUGGACCAAGUCAUCCGCGCCAGCAUCCCGAUCCGCAUCAAGAACGUCAUGAACCCCCGCGGGAACGGCACCAUCGUGCGCCCGGACCCGACCGAAACGCCCGGCGUGAUCAACAACCCACGCAAAGGCUUCUUCCGCAGCCGCAGCCUCAGCUACCUGCUCGCGAAAUCGUCCGCCGCCGGGAAACAGCCCAAACGGCCCACGGCCGUGACCAUCAAACGCGGCAUCACGGUCCUCAACGUGCACAGCAAGAAGCGCACCCGCGCCCACGGCUUCCUCGCCUCCAUCUUCCGCGUCCUCGACCAGUUCCACCUCUCCGUCGACCUCAUCUCCUCCUCGGAAGUCCACGUAUCCAUGGCGCUGCACUCCGAGCGCAGCCUGCUCUCCUGCCUGCCGCACCCGGCCAGCCCGGGCUCGGCGCAGCGGGAGCCCGACGACCUGCACAUCGAAUCCGCCGCAUUACAAGGCGCGGUCGACGCGCUGCAGGGCCUCGGCGACAUCGACCUGCUCCCCAACAUGGCCAUCAUCUCGCUCGUGGGCCGCCAGCUGCGCACCAUGAUCGGCAUCUCCGGCAAGUUCUUCUCCACCCUCGGCGAGAACGGCGUCAACAUCGAGAUGAUCUCCCAGGGCGCCAGCGAGAUCAACAUCUCCUGCGUCAUCGCCGAGCGCGACACCGACCGCGCCCUGAACGUCGUCCACACCAACCUCUUCACGUUUCUGGAGUAGGGGCGAUGCUGAAUUACAGUAGGAGGGGAUGGCGAGGGUGAGGGGUGAGGGGUGAGGGGUGAGGGGUGAGGAAAUGGAGAACGGAGGAGGUAUGGAAAGAAUAGGACAAAAUGGGAGGGUAGAUGUCCUGCUCCGUCAUCAUUCUUUCCUCUCUUUUGGAGUUGAUGGAGGGUGUGUUUUGACAUGCCGAAAAAAGAAUUAGAAGAGAGAGGGAGAGAAAGAGAGAAAGGAAAAGCUGAACGGCCAAAAAGCAUAAACAUUUCUAUAUUGGAAACCCCCUCGCAUAGGUAUGAUGGAUAGGGUCAAACCGAAAUGAGAAUAGAUUCCUGUCACGUAUCUUCAUCUGUCUUCCCAGCCCCUCCGGCCACAGACUGGUCGUCCCCGAAUUCCCUACCGUCGCGUCUGAUGCUUCUC